GCAAAAUGCAUAAUGCAAAUUUUUUAUCCAUCAGAAGCACGUACUCUACUUUUAUCAGAAGUUGUUCCACAUUUGUGUCAAUAAAGUUUUUCUUUUUCGAAACGUAGAUUUCCCGGCAGAUUUGUGACGCAUGCGCGAACUCAGUGGUUGCUUUCCAAAUUCUUCUCUACUCCCUAUAUAAGUGUACUGUGUUCUGUUUAAAAUAAUGGCUUCCGCGCCCUAUCUAGUGCGCUUAUAUGAGCUACAGGAAUCCAAAUGUAAUACAGCCUCGGUGAAUGUUCUGCGCGCGAGGAAUAGACAUUGAGCGCGGCACAUAAAACACAAGGGCUGUCUGUGGAGGCUGUACAUUUCUCUCUAAUAUUGUGAAGAAAUUCUUGCUCAUAGUGAUAAAAUGUGGAACCAAGGGUCGUACGGAGAGGCAAGUAUGGCUGGUGGAUACACUCAGUCUCCAGGGGGCUUUGGCUCACCUGCUGCUUCGCAAGGAGGAGAGAAAAAAGGGAGGACACGGGCACAGCAGAUAGUCCCCUGCACAGUGUCACAGCUCAUGUCUGCAGCCCAGGCGGAGGAUGUCUUCAGAGUAGGCGAGGUGGAGGUUGUUCAAGUUACUAUCGUUGGAAUCAUCAGAAGCACAGAUAAAUCCAUGACUAACAUUCAGUACAAAGUGGAUGACAUGACGGCAGCCCCCAUGGAUGUGAAGCAGUGGGUAGAUACAGAGGAUCCCAGUGUGGACAGCUCAGUCAUUCCUCCAGACACAUAUGUCAAGGUCUCUGGCAACCUGCGUUCUUUUCAGAAUAACAGGUCUUUGGUGGCAUUCAGUGUACGGCCAUUAGAGGACAUGAAUGAGAUCACUUCUCACAUGCUGGAGGUCGUGCAGGCUCAUUUGCUGCUGAGCAAACCACAGACCAUGACAGGGGGUGGAGGAGGAGGUAGCAUGAACAGCAGCAUGGUGCCUAUGUCCCACCCUGGCCAGGGUGGCAUGGGCAGGAGUGGGGGUUACUCUGGUGCCAAUGCCAUGGCCAAUAAUGGAUUAAACCCUAAUCAAAAUCAGGUUUUAUGUCUGAUAAAGAGCUGUCCAGAACCUCAAGGGAUCAGCAUACAGGAGCUAAAACAAAGACUAAGUGGCAUGAGCAUGACUAUAAUCAGGCAGGUUGUGGACUUUCUCAGCAAUGAAGGACACAUCUUUUCUACUAUCGAUGAGGACCACUUCAGAUCAACAGAUCAAGAGGCCUAAGGACCAUCUAUCAUCUUUAAGCACUGCAACAGUAAACCAUCUCUAACUGCCUGCUAAUGAUAA